GUUUUGCUUCAGGUCUCUUCAGGAUCAGGAUAGUAUUUAUGGUAUUUAUCUUUGUUCAGAAACUAGUUUUUUAGUCAUUCACACAGCAUUCAGUGCUAAAAAUGGCACAUGCACAAUUUUUGGAUGAAAUGAUUCGCGAAUAUUUAUUGUACAGAGGCUUUGGACCAAGUUUGAAAGCUUUUGAUGCUGACUUGAAAGGGGACAAAAUGAAAAGUUUCAGAGUGGAUAAAAUCAUAGACCAGUUCAUGCAGUUUAUAAAUAACUAUGAUCUGAAUUCUUUACGAGAACUUUGGGGCCAUAUGAAUAAGCAUAUGUUUUCAAAACUGGAAAGCCACUUCAUGCCAAGUGUGAGGAAGUUAGAAAAUGCAGUGUUGAAAAUGUACCUCAUCAAUACCGUGGUCAAUAAUAAACCAGACAAAAUGACGGAUUUCUUUAUAAGAAUGACUCCUGAGUUACAAAACCAAGGGGAAUGGAGAGAAUGGUUUGGCUUCGCUGAGUCGGCGGUCUUAGGACUGCUGGCUGGAGACUACACUGCACUGAUGAGAGUCAAAGAGCUCGAAACCGUGUUACCUUAUAUAAAGAAUCCAGAAGAAAACCCCAUAUUCUCACUCCACUUCACCAAACAGUGGCAAGAUACAUUAUUGGUAUCAUUACAUAAUUUCCUUGCCAUGAUAAUACAGUACAUGCCCACUCCUACUAUAAUGCAUCACGAAGAAGACGCCAAUAAAAUCAGCAAGCUAGAAGAAAGGAACGAGUCCCUGAAAAAACGCAUCGCCUUAUUACUCGAUGGCGGUCCCCAGGCCAACGUCACCCCAUGUCAAGUGGAACCGCCCCAACAUCUGCUGGACGACUUUUACGUCAUUGCCCAGGAGAAUAGCUUGGGUGAGAGUCAGGCCAGAAGCUUCAGGAAUCUCAUUCGGAAUAUGAGCAGUAGCGCCAGUCCAAUUCUAGGGAGGAAAGACAAUUCUGGCGCUAGAAAGAAGACAGGAACUGGUCGGAUGUGA